CUCCAUGAUGCUAGGCGAUGAAGGAUAUUGUGGCUCGGUCAGCUACCAGAAGCUCGAGGAGACGAUAAAGUCCAUCACGGGUUACGAAUACGUGCUUCCCACCCACCAAGGUCGUGCCGCCGAGAGGAUCCUCUACGGGCAGUUACUGCGGCCGGGCUGCCUCGUCAUCAGCAACUGCUUCUACUCGACGACGAAGGGAAACAUUGAGGAGAAAGCGCACGCGAAGACGAUCGCGCUGCCGCAGCAUCCGAUCGUCGGCGAGCUGAAGCUGACCGAGCCGUUCCACGGCAACAUGGACAUCACCGAGCUGCAGCAGCUGCUCGCGCAGCGCCGCCGCGACGUCGGCUGCGUCAUCGUCACGCUGACGGCGAACGACAUCUGCGGGCAGCCGGUGAGCAUGGAGAACGUGCGGCAGGUGUCGCGCGUCUGCCGCUCGUACGACCUGCCCGUCGUGCUCGACGCGUGCCGCUACGCCGAGAACGCGUGGUUCGUGAAGACGCGCGAGCACGGCUUCGCCGACGCGUCGCUCGAGCACAUCGCGCGCGAGGCGUUCUCGUACGGCGACGCGUGCAUCGUCUCGGCGAAGAAGGACGGCUUCGGAAACGUCGGCGCGUUCAUCGGCAUCCGCGGCGAUCGCGCGCUGUACGAGAAGUGCUUGCAGGAGCUGUGCCUGACGCAAGGCUUCCCGACGAACGGCGGCAUCUCAGGACGAUCGAUGGAAGCGCUCGCGGUCGGCCUUCGCGAGUCGCUCGAUCUCGACUACCUGCAGUAUCGCAUGUCGCAGGUGAGCUUCCUCACUGACCUCAUCGCCGACGCCGGGAUCCCGACCGUCUGGGGCAGCCACGUGUACGUCGACGCCGGCGCGAUACUCGACCACAUGCCGCGCGAGCAUUAUCCGGCGUGGGCGCUCGCCAACGCGCUGUACGUAGAAGGCGGCAUCCGCGGCUACGAGUUCGGACGUGUGAACUACGGCGACGGCUACACGGGACUGGACAUGCUGCGUUUCGCGCUGCCGCGGCGCGUCUACACGAACCGCCAUCUUGAGUAUGUCGCCGAGGUGCUGAGGUACGUCGCGGAAAACAAGCAGGCGGUAUCCGGGUACUGCGUCGAUUGGGCACCGCCAGUUAUGCGCCACUUCCUAGGAACCUUCAAACCGAUACGCAGUGAAGUGGAGGAUGACACGAUGAUGUGAUUUGUAAUACGCCACUUCCUACGAUCCUUCAAGCUGGUACGCGGCGAAGUGGAGGAUGACAUCAGUGGCAGAUCUAGAGGUGGGGUUGGGGGAGUUGCAAC